UAUGUAUGGGGGUUUCCCUAACAUGUGGAGCUAUUAAGUGUAUAAUAAUUAUAUCAAACACCUAUGCUAAGCCUAGGGACUAUCAUUGAUGUCAGCAAGCAAUAGGAUCCCUGUGGUUGACCUCAGGGACACCGUCUCUGGCUCCAAGGAUCUGGGCAGCUGCCCUCAAGUGAAGGAGCUCCAUUCUUCGCUGAGUACUGUCGGCUUUGUCUUCCUGAAAAAUCAUGGAAUUGACAAACAAAUGGUGGAGGGAAGCUUUGCUGCUAGCAGAGAAUUUUUUGCUCUCUCUGAAGAGAGUAAGGCUGUGUUUGCUACCAAUGCUGGGUGUGGACCUAAUGGAUACAGCUCUAUCAAUGCUAAGAGUUCUCCCCAGCCGAAUGAUAUGAAGGAAUUCUUUGAUAUUUGCAAUCCCAACUGUCAGGAUGUUCCGGAUGCUUUUGGCACUGUCAAGACGAGCCUAUACAGUGGGUGCUCACUGUUGUCGAGGAAAAUCCUGCACAUGCUUGGCUUCACACUACAACUGAAGGACCCUGAUUUCUUUGCUCACACUCACACCAAAAUGGAAGAGGGGUUUAUGGACAACUACACCUUCCUACGGCUACUCAACUACCCCCCUGUUACCAUGGUUACUCCAACGGAGACUGGCUACAGAUGUGCCGAGCAUGUAGACUAUGGGACAUUCUCCCUCCUCUUUCAAGACAAAGGAGGUGGCUUGCAAGUACGGCAUUCCGACGGUAGCUAUAUCAAUGUCCCCUGCAGUGAUGACCACAUUCUCAUGAUCACUGGGAGAACUCUCGGCUCAUGGACCAACAAUCACUACAGACCAACAUAUCAUCGAGUACCAAUACCAGAGGACAAGCACACGCGACAGCUGUCUCGACAGUCAAUGGCCUUCUUUGUGCACCCCAACAGUGACGUGCUUGUCAAACCAUUACCAUAACAACCAUCCACCCAUCCCUUUUUACAUGUAUAAACCAACUAUCUGACCGCAGCAGCAUCCCAUAUUGAUAAUCAAAGUUUAAUUUCACUUCAUAAUCUUUUUUUAUCACAACAUUGUACUUUGUAAGUGUUCGUGGUACAUUGUACAUUUUUGCUGCCCACAUGUUCAUGAUAUGCGGUGUAUCAGAUCAACAAUGCACAUGUACAAUCAUGCAACCCUGUGCAAGUAAGGUUCUUUGGUGUUUCUUUGGGACCACGCCUCUCCCUACCGGAAUCUUAUAACAGCUUCGUUUUACAGUAUCUUGAUAUGCAUA